AUGGGCGCCGCGGGCAGCGCCCCCGCCACCCCCGCCGCGCCCCGCAACAAGCACCUGGCGCACGUCAGCGACCCCCGCUCCCCCACCGCCGGCAUCCUGCGCACACCCAUCGAGGUGGUGAGCUCCCCGGCGGGCAGCCCGCAGCCCAGCCCCGCCGAGCCGCCGGCGGCCGCGGUCCAGGAGCGGGACCCGCGCUCGCCCACGCCCGGCAUCUCCCGCACGCCCAUGAGAGCCGUGUCGAGUGACAGCGUGGACCGCCUGGUGAAGCAGCUCAGCGAGGCCUUUGGGGCCGAGGCAGCGGCCCCGGAGCCGGCGCCGCCGGGAGCGGCCGAUACCGCCGAGGAGCCGGCCCGGCGGAGCGCCCCGCCCGCCGUGGGGGAGCUGGAGGGGCCGCUCUCCCCCAGCACCGGCCCUGCUCGGCCCGCCCGUCCCGCUGGGCACGGCCUGUCCUCCGGUAACAAGCCUGUAAGACACAAGCCCAACAACAAAAUCAUGGUAACAUCUGGAGGAACUGGCCGCUCUCCCCUCAGCAUUCUACGAGAUGAUAAUUCUCCCAGUACUCCUGCCCCUCGCCAGGGCAAGAAGCACGUGUUUGGAGAGAACCUUGGGGAAAAGAAGGAAGUGACAGUGGACCUGAGCAAGAGCCUUAAAUCUGGGAGCUGUGCUUGGAAUGACUUGAACAAAGAGAACCAACAGUGUCCUUUUGUGGAGAACUAGAGAUUUCCCUUUUUAGGAUCUUGCUUUUAUUUGAAUUUUCUAGGGGGGGGAAUCCUGCAAUAGACUGAAAUUCUAGAGCAGUGAUCACACCUCUUGUCUAUCCC